GUAUCUUAUACUUGUCUGCUUUUAGUUUUCACACACAAUAAGGUGCUCUGUAUCUCUUUUUACUCCUUUUUAAUUAAAGUAUACUACAAAAACAGAGAAGAAGAAGAAGCAAAAAUGGUGAAAGACAGGACAAUUGGUGUUGCAAUGGAUUUUUCAAAGAGCAGCAAAACAGCUUUGAAAUGGGCAAUUGAUAACUUGGCUGAUAAAGAUGACACUUUUUACAUCAUUCACAUCAAGACUCAUUCUUCUGAUGAGUCACGUAAUAAGUUAUGGGCUCAAUCUGGUUCACCUUUAAUUCCAUUGGUGGAGUUUAGGGAGGCUGAGGUGUUGCAUAAAUACGAUGUGGAGACUGAUAUUGAACUUCUUGAUUUGCUUGAUACUGCUUCUAGGCAGAAAGAGAUAAAAAUUGUUAUCAAACUAUAUUGGGGAGAUGCUAGGGAGAAACUAUGUGAAGCUGUUGAAGAUCUGAAGUUGAAUUCUUUGGUUAUGGGUAGCAGAGGACUCAGUACCAUCCAAAGGAUAUUCUUGGGAAGUGUGACAAAUUAUGUAUUGUCUGUUGCGACCUGCCCUGUGACUGUUGUUAAGGAUCCAGAUUUUCACAAGAAGUGAUCAGGUUUCGUUUGCUUAAAUAUGAACUUAUUAUGAUACCAUUUUCGAAUAAGAUUAAGGAUUUUACAUGUAAUUUCUCCUAUGAUGACAAUUUCUUUACUUUCAAAUACCAAAUGAGACGGAUCCCUUUUGGAUAGAAUUAUCUUUUAUAUUUA